AUGGUAACAGCCAUAGAAGACCUGGCUCGGCAGAUCUUGGGAGCAGGAGCUACCUGGACGGAAUUGCAUCAGUUCGUCCUAAGGAAUAGCCUUGUUCCCAAGGACAUACCUCUCAGAGGAAGCUGCCAAGGGCACAUUUCCCAGCUGUGCCAGAUGAAAGGUUGGCCCUUACCCCUAAACGCCACCAACCUGUCUUUGGAGAGACCGGCUUGCCUGAUUCACUGGAGGGUUUUGGCGUCACUGUUAAACGUAACAUCUGAAAUGGUCAGGAUCCACUUCCACAACCUGGGAACCAUCCUGCCACUGGCCAGUCCAUCUCCGGUUGUGCAAGCCACACAAUCGUCAGAGCCAUCGGAGAUGCGGACACCUCCACCUUCACCAUCCGUACAACAACGGCACAAGCCACCAACUCUGGAGGGACUUCCCAGGGGCUUUGACACCCACUUCCAUUCAGACAGAAUGCGCAGCAGGCUCCACCUGGACGCUGCCACGCCCCUGGAUGAAGUCCUCAAUCAAGCAGGUCAACCACUAGAUGAAUCCUCCUUUGAUCUCGUCAGAGCCGUUCAAGUUUUUUGUGAUCCUCCAACUUGGCCCCAAGAUCCAACCUUUCAUCCAUGUUGGAAAAUCGCCGUUGGACUACAUCCAAAACAUGUGAGCUCCUAUCGCUCUAAUCAGCUAAUCAAGCUCAAGAGUCUGCUGUCCUCACCGGACGUCAUCGCCCUGGGAGAAGUUGGCCUUGACUUCACAGCAGGGAAUUGGGAACAGCAGGGCAAAGUGUUGGAAAAACUCUUCAAGAUGGCGGACAUCAACAAACCAAUCAUCCUUCACCUCCGUGGAACCGCCAAAGACCGGUAUCAAAGGGCCCCACUGGAGGAAUGCAUUAAUAUCGCCCAUGCAGCAGGAAUCCAACCGAACCAGAAGUUUCAUCUGCACUGCUUUUCUGGAUCCUGUAAAGAAAUGGCCCUUUGGACCAAGAACUUCCCGGAGACCUGGUUUGGAUAUACUGGAAUGGUCGCCAGCUUUGACGAACAUCAGCUCUCAGCCCUGCGCGCGGUUCCUGAAUGUGAAACGGUUUGUGCUGGAAACGGAUGCCCCCUACCUAUGGCCUCGCCCAGGUCACCGAGGGAUUAA